CGCAAGCGACUUGUAAAAUGCCUUCGUACACUACAGAUAGUAACAGGAUUAUCGUCUUAAACACGUUCUUCUUUGUUUUCUUUGUUUUUUUCUGUUUUCUCCUUUUUUUUUCUUCUCUUGAGCCUUCCGUGGCGUGUUCGCCAGGUACUGCUAGUUUCUUCUUUUCUUUCGUUGUAAAGUUCUUCACAUUUUGUAGCUGGCAAAAUCGUGAUCCUCGCCCCUUCCUCGCAUCCUUCCGCCAUCAGAAGGCCCUCCGCGGAUACCAAAAGCUACGACUCAUCGAGAGUGAAGAUCCAGCAAUCACUCACAUUCGCAACCACCUCCUCAGUGACGACUAUGAUUACUACGGCGAUGAGCAGCAGCAAUUGACAGAGCAAUCAAGGAUUUUCUAUCAGCGCUUCCUAGAGGAUCUCACGAGAAUCGUCCAAGCCUCUUCUCCUCCUCCUCCUCCGCCCUCUUCUGCCAGUGUGAGCAUCACAAAAGAGACGAUAGGAAAUUUUCCUUUUGAUGCAAGGCUGGCAAAAGACUCUAUCGCAAGUAACAAUGCCUAUUAUCUCUACAGGCGUUGAUAGAAGUAAUUUGGCUUUUUUGGUAGAACACCAGCAAAAACAUUGUGAGAGCUCUGAUAUAAUAGUUUAUAAAAAGGGG